CGGGGCGGAGAAGGGAAGAAGGGAGGGAGGAAGAAGGGAAGCCAGGCAGGGGCCCGCCCUUCCCGGCCAUGCAGCAGAAGCAGCAAGCGCCUGGGCCAAGCAAGGCAAUGGAGGAGCCUUCCUUUGCAAAGAAAGAAAGGAAAAGUUGAGAGAGAGAGAAAGAAAGAGAAGAAAGAGAGAGAGAAGAGGAUGCUGGAGGCCGGAGACGCCUAAUCUGGGCGCAAGAGGCCGCCCUCCUUCUUCCCUUCCCUCUCUCCUUCCUUCCUUCCUUCCUUCCUUCCCUCUCUCUUUCUCUCCCUCCGCCUUUUCCGGGGCCCUGAUCCUUAAGGAAGGAAAGAAGGAAGAGAAGAAGGAAGAGAAGGCAUUGGGACCAACCUACCACCCGGAGGGAAGAUCUAUCCACUCAACGCGGAGAAGAAAGGAGUUAGAUCAUGUUGUUGAGGCAUCAAGGGGGACUUGGUGUUUCAAUGAGGCAGAAGCAACAUCCACCGAUGUGUCGGGAAUUCAGCAUCUUGGAGGAAGAAGCCCAGCUCAUGGCAGUGGAUAACUGAAGUGCCAGAAGUGCCACCUUGCUUGAUUCGGCUGGGAUCACCCUUCUGCCGGCUUCUUUCUCAGUAUUGUAGCCUUCCAAGCCUUUAAUUUUAUCUCUGGGACAUUAAUGGAAUGAUGGUGCGGAAAAGGCAGAGAGGUCUUGCCGGGCUCAGCAGGGACUCCUUGGGAGGCAACCGGAGGGGGAGCGGUGGUGGAAGCGGGGUCCUACGAGGCAUGCUCCUGCUCCCCAGGCACUAUGGCUAGCAGUGGCUCUGGCAAGUCUACCAGCGAGGUAUCGACUCCCAGUGGCAGCGCGUUGCAGAGGAAGAAGCUGACGUCCAUCUGUGACCACUGCAAGGUCAAGAUGCAACUGGUGGCCGAUUUGCUCCUCUUGUCCAGCGAGAGCCGGCCGGUCAACACAGAGAGCCUGUCCGUGUUCGGGGAGUCCUUUGAGAAGUGCCGGGACACCAUCAUCGCCCGGACAAAGGGCCUCUCGAUCCUGACUCAUGAUGUCCAGAGCCACCUGAACAUGGGGCGCUUCACCGAAGUGGGGGACAUCCUGACAGAGAUUGCCGAUUUGGUGGUCUCCUUGACUGAGUGCUCGGCCCACGCGGCUUACUUGGCGGCCGUGGAGACGCCGGGCGCUCAGCCUGCCCUGCCUGGGCUGGUGGACCGCUACAAAGUGACUAGAUGCAAGCACGAGGUGGAGCACGGGUGCAACGUCUUGAAGACCACCCCUUUGGCAGACCUGAGCCCACAGCUCCUGCUGGAGGUUUCUCAGAACAUGUCCAAGAACUUGAAGUUCCUGACGGACUCCUGUGUCACAGCCAGCGAGAAAUCCAAGGAUAGGUUCGCCAAGGAGCAGUUCAAGCUCAGUGUCAAGUGCAUGAGCACCAGCGCUUCGGCCCUCUUGGCUUGCGUCAAGGAGGUCAAGACUUCGCCCAGCGAGUUGACACGCGGUCGGUGCGUCCUGUUCAGCGGGCCCUUGGUGCAGUCGGUCUGUGCCCUCGUUGGCUUUGCUACCGAGCCUCAGUUCUUGGGCAAAGCGGCCGCCAUCAAUCCAGAGGGCAAAGUGGUGCAGACGGCCAUUUUGGGAGGUGCCAUGAGUGUAGUCUCUGCGUGCGUCCUUCUCACUCAAUGCCUCAGGGAUAUAGCCCAACAUACUGACAGUGGCUCCAAGGUGACCGAAUGCAGGGAACGGUUGAGGAACUCGGCUUGUGCCGUCUCCGAUGGCUGCAACCUGCUAUCUCAGGCACUCAGAGAAAGAUCGUCACCUCGGACUUUACCGCCAGCAAACUCCAAUUCUGUGAAUUAACUCUUUUUUUGUCCAUUUAGGCCCUUUCUACACUGCCAUAUAAUCCAGA